CCAUGCAUUAAAAAUCUCCACCAUCCUUAACGCAAACUCUGCAAACAGCACUGCACUGUAUUGUCACUCUUAUUGGGAAUUUACAGUCAUAUCUGCUGGUGCACAUCGAGGGGAUAGAGAAAGACAGAGUUAGGGAACUCUUCCUCAUUUUAUCAGAGGAAGUAUGUGGCUGGGUGCUGUUUACAGCAGGCCAGCGCUCAGUUUAGAUUAGUGUGCACUCACAAGGCCACUCGCAACACUGCCGGCCUUCGGUCUGAGAGCAGGACAGACGAUUCUUUACUAUUAAAAAACACCUGCUUCAACUUUACUGGGAGCAGCCAGACUGAACUGAAGCAUUGCCUUCUGGAGGAAACAUGGAUAUUUAACUGUGUCAAGUGAGAGCAUCAGUAGAGCUGCGGGCUCUGACCUGCCAUCAUGGGUAACGUGACAAGGCAGGGACACACAAAUCCAGAGUCAAACAGCUUGGACACCAUAUUUAAAGACUGCGACACUCUAGUGGUGCUCGUUGAUUAUCCAUGUCGUGACAUCAGUGAACCAGUUUUUAAAAUGGGCGACAGACUAAAAGGUCUUUCAGAAGAUGGUUGCUGGUGGAAAGUUCGUUCCCUUCAAACAGGAACGGAGAAUUAUAUUCCAUGUAACUAUGUGUCAAAGGUCUAUCAUGGAUGGCUGUUUGAGGGUGUCAGCAGACAGAAGGCAGAAGAGCUUUUGUUGCUGCCUGGUAACAGUGCUGGAUCAUUUCUCAUUAGAGAAAGUCCGAAAGAAAGAGGUUCAUAUUCUCUCUCUGUGAGACACAGGAGCGUUAAGCACUAUAAGAUCUUCCGUCUGACUAACAGCUGGUACUACAUUUCACCACGGCUCACCUUCCAGUGUCUGGAGGACAUGGUUAAUCACUACUCUGACUCGUCUGAUGGUAUAUGCUGUGUUCUUAGCGCUCCGUGUCUGGCUCUAUCAAACCCGACACCGAGCUCAAUCCAGGGCGCUCCUCCUGUGGUAAUGCGUCGAAACCUGGAUUGGAACAAAGUAAAAAAGUCACAAUUAUUAAACCCAAGUGAAUUGGACAGCGUAGACAGCAGAGAUAACAUGAUGAGCUAUGGGGUGAGAAGCAGCAUAGCCGCUUAUCUGUCUUUAACAUCAGUGUCUGAGCCAGAGGAAGCCAAAGGCCGCAAGAAGAAGAGCAAGUCUAUGUACGUCAUGUCUGACCACAGUAAUAUGGAUUUAGAUGAGAACUAAUCUGCUAACACAUUGCAAUGGACUUAAUAUUUUUGCACUGGAUUGGGUGAUCUGUUUGCAUGCACGGAGAGGUCACAUUUCAUGUCUUUUUUUGGAAUGGUUUACCAUUUUGGUUAGCCUUUUUUUUUUUGGCUUUUUUCUCUGUGGUGUUUAAAACAGCAUCUUUUAAAGACAAGGCAAAUAGUUUUCAAGCAUGAAAAGAAUAAAAGUGUAAUACAGAUUUUUUUUUACAUUAAAAGUUUCCUGUUCAAUUAGUUUUCAAUCAUUUUCACCAUGAUUUACUCUAUCAUUCGGUGUAUUAAAAGUUUAUAGUAAACUAUGGACUCUUUUCACAUGACUAUUAUGGCGCAUAUAACAGUCCUCAUAGUCCUAAAACCUUGACAUUUUUAAAUAUUUUUAUUUUUUUUUAAAUGUAUGUACAUUUAUAGGUAGGGAUGUCCCUAUCAGGGUUUUUUUUGCCCUUGAGUCUGAGUCUCUACUGAUAGCAAAUCCCGAUCCAAUACCUCUAUAAUACAUAAAAAAAGAAUAAAGAAGAGCGAAGAAACAGAUUUAGGAUGUUUCUUAUUGUUUAUUUAAUUUACUUUAUUUUAACAUUCAACAACUCUGUUAAUAAACAGAGCACUUCUGUGAGGUAGCUUGAACAGUCAAGUAAUAAAUAAUAUAGAUUCUUCAUUUUUGGACUUAAGUGCAACGUAAAUACAAAAAAAUUUAUAUAAAUGCAAAUAGCACCUUAACUUAAAUACCCGGCAGACAUUCCCAAGUUUACAUAUCUCACAGUUUGCUGUGGCAAUGUUGUCGUCAUCAACUUUAUAAUACCUCCAGACCUCAGACAUACUCGACCUUUCCACUUCAAGCUGCUGUCGUGUUCCACUUCGCCAGAAUAUAACCAAUAGCAUCUCUGCAACAAAGUGAUGUCAUGCCGCAGGCUUUGCUGUUUCUGUGUGUACACAUAUAUACAGUUGAAGUCAGAAUUAUUAGCCCCCCUUUGAAUUUAAAAUAUUUUCCACUUGAUGUUUACAGAGCAUGGAAAUUUUCAUGUCUGAUAAUAUUUUUUUCUUCUGGAGAAAGUCUUAUUUGUUUUAUUUCAGAUAGAUUAAAAGCAGUUUUCAAUUUUUAAAAAAUACAUUUUAAGGUCAAUUAAGGUCAAUUAUUAGCUUUUUUUUCU